AUGUCUGAUAAUAAUAUUGACUGGUUACAUAGCCACAAGAGCAUGUGCAAGGUAGACCUCUACAGCCCAAUAGGACAGCACGAUCAGGACCAGAAAGUGAUAUGCUUUGUUGAUGUGUCCACCCUCAACAUGGAAGAUAAAGAUUCUAAGGAUGCUGCUGGUUCCAAUUCAAGAGGUGACUUAAACCUGGGGAGUCUGGAAGAAGAAGAAAUUAUUGUGAUCAAGGAUACUGAGAAGCAAGACUCACCUAAGAUGGAGAUAGUGUGCCUUUUCAAACGAGCUCCUUCUAAUCCUGGAAGUGUCCUCAAUCGUCUACUCAGUGAUCUUCAGAAGUACACCUUGUGUUUCCAACAUGCACUUAGCCCCUCAUCCUCCAGCUGUAGACAUAAACUAGGAGACACAGAGGGCAAAUGUCACAAACUGCCCUCUGGGAACUGCUACAGAUUCUAUGCCGAUCAACUGAAAAUGGAUUACGUGGCCAAAGGACCUCAAGGCCAACAUCUGGAAAUGACAGCGUCCAAAAACACCAGCAAUAACCAGAGUCCUUCCACCUCACCAGCCAAAUCUCCUAGCAAUCAGAGGGCAGUUAUCUCCCCUGAUGGAGAAUGUUCUACGGAUGACCCUUCCUUCUGUGUCAACCGACUAUCUCCUCUGGUGAUCCAGAUGGCCCAUAAGAAAAUCAAGGAGAAGUUGGAAGGUGGAAGCAAAUGUCUUCAUCAUUCAAUCUAUCCACCCAGUGGGGACAAAGGGAAAAACAGCCCUUGUAGUGCUGUGAGCAAGAUCACUUCUGAAAUGGCCCAUGAUGCUGUGGAAGUGACCUCUGCAGAAAGGCGGGGCCUUCCUGAAGUUUCAGCUAAAGCAGCAGAGAAGGGGUACAGUGUAGGAGAUCUUCCUCAAGAGGUCAUGAAGUUCACCAAGGAACAACCACGGGAUGAAGCCGUGGGAAACGGGCUAGAAAACAACUGCUAG